AUGCGUUUCACUACCACCUCCGCCGCCGCGGCUGUCCUGCUUGCGGCUUCCGCCCAGGCUAAGGGCGUCACCAGCGAGACCUCCGACCUUGACGGUUCCGUGUGGCAGGCCAUCACUCCCGUUAACGCUCGCAACCCCCUCGAGAUGGCCCGCAACCGCCCUACCAAGAGACAGUCCGGCUGGAGCCCCCCCUCUGAUAUCGCCUCGCCCCUGAAGGAGGUCUGGGACCACUGCAAGAGCACCUACUCCAAUUUCUUCGGCUUCAAGAACUACGGAUGGGACCAGGUUAUGGCCACCAAGGGCACCAUCAACGUCUGUGUCCGUUGGGAGUCCACUGCCUCCGUCACCGAGGCCCAGCGCAAGUCCGUUGCCUCCGCCCUGAACACCGCUCACCAGGGCUGGUACAAGUGGCUCUACGGCUACGACAACUUCCCUUACUCCGACAUCAAGGUCAACGUUGUCGGCUGGGCUGUCAAGGACAAGAGCCUGCUCCAGGGUUCCACUGAUGGCAUCGAGGUCUACACCGACACUGAUGCCGAUGGCAUUCCCCAGUGCGCCGAGUCUUGCGGCCGCUUCUUCAACCAGGAUGGUGACUACAGCAAGUGCGCUGCCGGUGCUGACCGUCACUACGACCAGUCUCUUUGGCUCACCGACGGCAUGUCUGGUGGUGCUGGUGGUGACUGGGGUCAGCGUAUUGGCCGUGAGUACUUCAUGGGUGCUCUUACUGGCAACGCCCACAUUCUUAUGCACGAGGUUGGCCACACCUACGGCCUGGAUGACUUCUACGACUGGACCCCCACUGGCGUCACCAGCUUCAUCAUGAACGCCGGCUCCGCUGCCGAGAUCACCGACUUCGACGGCUGGAUGCUCCGCAACUGGUGGUACGAGCUCUCCCGUGAGCGUGGCUGGCAAUCCGGCACCACCUCCGGCUCCGGCAACGGCUCCGCCACCACUGCCGCCCCCGUCGCUUCCGCCACCCCUACCAAGAAGGCCAUUGUCGUCGAGUCUGCUGCCGCCCAGCCUACUGAGGCUGCCAGCUCCGACUCCUCCGCUGCUGCUGCCGGUCCCUGGGGCCAGUGCGGUGGCUCUGGCUGGACUGGUCCUACCGCUUGCGGCACUGGAUUCAAGUGCACCAAGAACAGCGAGUGGUACUCCCAGUGCACUAUUGCUUAA